AUGUAUCAACCCAUCGACCCAGGUCUUCAGCCUCGGCAUGCUCAUUUAGCAGGCUCGAGAGGAGAAGCGCGAGCGCCCUCGGCUUUAGCCACUCAGCGGCCGAAGGAGAAAGACGGACAUCACCGGCACCAUCGACGAGAACGUAAAAAGACUCCUGAACCGCUUGCUGAAAUUCCUCUCCCUAUUGUCCCGCAAACCCCAGUUCAAGAAGAUAAUUCGAAGCUCGGGAAGGCAAAGGCUUCCCCCUUCGUGGAUGCUAUACAACAGGAGCGGCCACCGGACAUGUUCGUCAUGCCAAAGCUGAAACGUUACGAGGUGAAGGAGGACGCAGUCGCGUUCGUUUGUCGCUUCAGACAAAUUAUGAGCCUCCAUAACUUUUUCGACGCCCUCAUGUGCAAAAUCUUCCCACUCACGCUGAGCGAGCCAAUCAUGUUAUGGUACAAUCAAUUGAAACCCAAGUCUAUCACUUGCUUCAACGAGCUGGAGUUGGAGUUUAGUAAACGCUUCGUAACCAGCAACAUUCAACCAAAGACAUUAUCUAUGCUAGUGAAUAUGCGGAGAACGGCUGGAGAAACCCUACGGCUUUAUACCGAGCGUUAUUGGGAGGUCUAUAAUCUUAUCCCAGACUGUGAUCAAGGAGUCGCGGCUGAGUCUUUUAUGAAUGGGUUGGAUCCAGCCUCGGCAAUGUUCCGUGACCUCUCACGUAAUCCGCCUAAGACAAUGGGAGAGCUCAUGACCAUAAUCGAGAAGGAUUGCGUUCACGAAGAAGCCAUGGUCGAGCGACAUACACCAAAGGCUCCAGAACCUGCCAAAACAAUUGGGCCGAAGAAACAAGUAGCGAACGUUCGUCAGGGGCAAGGAGGCCAGGGCAGUUCAGGCCAGAUGACCAACAAGCCGAUCAACAAGGGUCGACCACCGCAGCACCCUCAGCAACAGUCAUGGCAACAAGCGAAGAGAGAACCGCGGCCAAACGAGUACGUGGCCGAACACACGGCAUUCACGGAACCUAUCUACAAACUUCUCAACACCAUUGGUAAAUUGCCAUUCUUUGUUUGGCCGACAGUACUCUUAGGCACCGUCGGAAGCGGACCAGGGAUGUGUACGUAUCACAAAGAGCGCGGCCACUACACUACGCAAUGCCCACCUUUUAAACGGUAUCUAGAAGAGCUUGCAACAGCUGGGCAUCUAAAUCAGUGGAUUGACGUUCGGCGAAGUCCACUUCCACCACCUCCACUGAUUAUCAGCAACCUCAUAAGUGUUAUACAAGGGCUGGUUUCCGAAAAAAGGGCAGCCGAGCUUCGUUCAGAAAUCAACAGAGCCGUCACCUCUUUACCCGUUUGCAACAUUGGCAUUUCGGGAAAGCGAAAAUGGGAAGAUCCGAGCUUCGGCAACCCUAUUACUUUUUCAUCUGACGACUUGAAAGGCGUGCAACUCCCUCAUACGGACGCCCUCGUUGUUACUGUUGCUAUUGAUAAGUCAACCGUUCAACGGGUAUUGAUAGAUCAAGGAAGCUCGACGGACGUAAUGUUCUAUUCGACAUUCCAGAGACUCGGAUUAUCUCCCGCUCAACUUCGGACGGCGUCAACUCCCCUCGUCAGUUUUACUGGAGCCCCGGUUUGGCCACUCGGCUUAAUCUCUCUCCUCGUGCGGGCUGGAUCACGGGUUCUUGAGAUCGAGUUUGUGGUGGUCGCUUCUCCCAGCCCAUACAACGUAAUACUCGGCCGAACCUGGCUGCACGAGAUGAAAGCAGUCGCUUCUACCUUUCACCAGGUGGUAAAAUUUGUUGGAUGGAAUGGUCGCCAGGAAAGCCUCCGAGGGGAUCAAAUCCAGUCAAAGAAAUGCUACAUUAGCACUGUAACAAACAAACAGAGCUGUAUGGAAGUACAAUGCGUGGCAGCCACUCCCGUACCAGUAAUUGAAGAUGUUUGUUUGCCGGCCGAACAACGGUCAUCCGAGGAGUUAAUACGAUUUUUAAUCCCCGACGGAGAAGGAAGAUAUUUUUUAAUUGGGAGUUCUUUGAGCGUAGCCGAACGCCAGGAGAUGUUUGACUUCUUGAUGCGAAACAUAGAAGUAUUCGCUUGA